UUUUUCGACAUUCCCAUCUCAAAAUCAUUCAAUUCCUUUUCAAUUAUAUAUUAUACACUACAAUAUCCUACCUUCCUCACCUGGUUUACUUGUUAAAUAAACAUGGUGUUCGCAGCUAAAACGUGGAUUCUUUGCAUGGUCUUGGUUUUGGGUGUUGUAGGGAGUUACCCAUUUGUGCCCUCUCGAGCGACGUAUUAUGGUAGCCCUGAUUGCUUAGGAACACCAAGAGGAGCUUGUGGAUAUGGUGAAUUUGGAAGGAGUGUGAAUGAUGCUAAUGUGGCUGGAGUUUCUAGGCUUUAUAAGAAUGGAACUGGCUGUGGUGGUUGCUAUCAGGUUAGAUGCGCAUCGGUUUUAUAUUGCAGCGAAGAAGGAGUGAACGUAGUGGUGACAGACUACGGUGAAGGAGACAACACAGACUUCAUACUUAGCGAGCGUGCCUUCGCAAGACUUGCACUGCCAAACAUGGCAGUCGAACUAUUCAGUAAUGGAGUAGUUGACGUCGAGUAUCGGAGAGUUCCUUGUCGCUACUCUGCAAGUUACGGCCUUAUGUUCAAGGUACAUGAGCAUAGCAGCUUUCCGAAUUACUUGGCCAUUGUUCUCUUGUACCAGUCUGGUUUAAACGACGUCGUAGCACUUCAAAUAUGGCAAGAAGAUUGUAAAGAAUGGAUUGACAUGAGAAGGGCUUUUGGAGCAGUUUAUGACAUGGCUAAUCCACCAAGAGGAGACAUCAGCUUGAGAUUCCAAUUUAGUGGACCUGCAGGGUUGAAGUGGGUGCAAGCACCAAAUGUUAUACCCCGUGAUUGGAAGGCUGGAGUUGCUUAUGACUCAUUGAUUCAGCUUUAAUUAAAUAUUUUAAUUAUACAAUACCUAUAUAUACAUAUAUAUAUAUAUGUACGUCAUUUCCUCAAUAAAAUUUUAGAUUAUCUACCUACUGUUUUUAUUUCUGUUAAAAAAUUCAAAUAUGUUUUUUUAACUAUUUCUAAAAAACAUUAAAAUAUGAUUUCAACUGCGAUUAAGAUGAGUUAUGAGUUAGAGAGAGUUUGCAAGUUCUUUUAAGCUAG